AUGGCUGCUGCUGUUGUUCUACCCAUUUUCACGGUAUACCAGUGGGGCCAAGGAUUGUGUUCGGCAUCUUCCGGAGAGUAUGGAUCAUGCCAGCCGAAUAAUGAAUGUGCGUUAAGAGGCGGUAUUCCUUCCGGCCCAUGUGCUGGAGGUUAUGGAACGUGCUGCAUAUUUCUAGCAUCUUGUGGGGGAGUGGCACGGGAAAACGGUACCUAUUUUGUAAAUCCUAACCAUCCGGACACAACCGAUGGGACGGGAAGUUGUCAAUUGACAGUUCUGAAGAUGCAUCCCGAUAUCUGCCAGAUCCGAUUGGAUCUGGAUCAAUUUUCCAUAAAUGGACCGGAAGUAGUCAACCACAUCUGCAACACAGAUCAGUUUCUUGUUUCCGGAGGCAGUCCUGCACCCACCAUUUGCGGAACGUCUAAUGGAGAUCACAUGUAUAUUGACGCUGGUUUGGGUCAGAGUAAUCCCAUCAUACUGACGGUAAUCACGAGUGGUCCCAGCUACCCACGUUCGUGGAGAAUACGAAUCUCACAAAUACCUUGCAACAGUAUUUCCAAGGCAGAGCAAGGAUGUUUGCAGUACUUUACCGGGGUAAGUGGCAGGGUUAAAAGUUUUAACUUUGACACCACCAGUGGCCGGCAGCUUUCGAAUCAGGAUUAUAGUCUAUGCAUUAGAACCGAGCGAAAUUUUUGCAGUAUACAAUAUACGGCUUGUCCGGAUGUGGGACGUAAUAGAUCUAGAACUUUUACCCUGUCCGGAAAUUCCAACACAGCUGUGCAGGCAAUGAUCGGAGGUGGUACACAGGGCACUCCGAAUUCCUGUACCAACGAUUGGCUGUUGAUUCCAUGCGCGAAGGUAGCGGAUCGGCUGCCCAUUGCCAGCACCUGCGAGGACAAAAUCUGCGGUGGAACGUUCAAUGCAGAGGUUAGUUCGAUGGAAAGAACAGUCGUCUCUACGAUACGACCAUUUCGAUUGGCAUUCCACACGGACUCAAUCGAAGCUCCGACGGACAUCGAUAAUAGGGGAUUCUGUUUGGAUUAUGUUCAACAACCGUGUACUAGUAAUUGA